AUGCCUGAGGCGGUUGUAAUUGACGGCAGAGCGGUGGCGAAGGCCAUUCAAAAGGAACUGACUGAAGAGGUCGCAUUGUUGGAACGCCGUUACAAAGGAAGACGUCCGGGGCUCUCCACCAUCAUUUGCGGUAAGCGUAAGGACUCUCAAACGUAUGUCCGCUUGAAACGUAAGGCCGCUGCCGCUUGCGGGUUUCGCAACUUUAGUGUGGAACUCCCUGCAAAUGUUACGCAGGAAACUUUGGAACGGGAGGUGAUUAGGUUAAACGAGGAGGAAGCAUGCCAUAGCAUCGUUGUGCAGUUACCGCUUCCGCCGCACAUCGACAAGGUGGCAGCGUUAUCGAAGAUUAAGCCGGAGAAGGAUGCAGACUGUUUACUUCCAGUCAAUGUGGGUCAGCUCCACAUUAGGGAACGCAAUCCUGCCAUUGUUCCGUGCACCGCAUCUGCCGUGAUGGAGUUGCUUAGGUGCAGUGGCGUGGAAAUAUGUGGAAAGCGGGUAGUGGUGCUUGGACGGGGUGACAUCGCUGGUCUGCCCGUUGCCACUUUGCUGGCAAAUGAAGAUGCCACGGUUACUGUAGUGCACUCCGCGACGCCACUAUGUGACAUUGCGGACAUUGUUCGAGCGUCCGAUAUAGUUGUGUCUGCUGCAGGUCAGCCGGGCCUUGUUCGCGGGGAGUGGAUCAAGCUUGGUGCUGCAGUUAUUGACGUGGGCACCACACCCGUCGCCGAUCCAUCGAAGGUGCCGGGAUAUCGUCUUGUGGGUGACGUUUGCUUUGAUGUGGCGCGUAAGCGAGCCGCUUAUAUCACACCUGUGCCUGGCGGUGUUGGUCCUGUGACUGUCAGCAUGCUGCUGAAGAACACUCUUACGAUGUUUAAAAGAAGCGUUCGUGCCUUGUGA